AUGGGGUUUCUUGGGAUUGUACAGCCGAGGAGCGGUGACGGCGAGUCACAGGAGUUGCCGACGCUUGAUGUGACGGGGACGUUUGCGAUGACUCGGGAGGCGGUGGAGGCGAUGCGGCAUGCAGGACAUGACACGGGAGUGGAUGACCUCCAGCGUACGAAGAAAGGCAUCGUGUUGAACCCGCAGCCGUCGAAGCACACGCGCGACCCGUUGAACUGGCCGAUCUGGCGGCGCGACCUCGCGCUUGUGUGUGUGGGGUGGCACUGCUUUGUGGGCGGUGGGCAGACAUCAAUGCUUGCGGCAGGGUUCUCGAAGCUCUCGGCCGAGUUGCAUGUGCCCAUUUCGCAGGUGUCGUUCUUGGUGGGGCCCAUGAUGUUGGCUCUUGCGAUAGGGUCUGUGGUCGCAUCGCCGACGGCCGUUCUAUUUGGCAAGCGCAUGGUGUAUUUGAUGGGCAUACUGAUCUUCCUGGGGGGCUCAAUCGGGUGCGCCUUGAGCAACUCCUUUGCAAGCUUGCUUAUCUUCCGCAUGGUCUCGGGGUUCGGCCUUUCCACGGUGGAGUCGCUCCCUAGUGCGACGAUCGCCGAGAUCUACUUUGCACAUGAGCGGGCGUACCGCCUUGGCCUCUACACGUUGUUGCUUUUGGGGGGCAAGAACCUAGUGCCGCUUCUGGGCUCACUUGUCUUCGAGAACCUGACGACCCACUGGCUCUUCUGGAUUCUCACCAUUAUUGCAGGUGUGAACUUCGUCCUCCAUCUACUAUUUGUGCCAGAGACGUUCUGGGACCGCACGCCAGUGCCCAACGAACGGUCUCUUGAGGAAACGAUCAUUGCCCGUGAGACACAGGCGGUAGUGUGCAACCUGUCGCAUCGGACCCCGUCGCUAGGUGAGAGCACUUCCCAGUCCGAGGACGAUCACAUUGGCAAAGACCCCCCAAAGCAACUAUAUGAUCAGAAGAAUGACGACGCUACCGAAGCACCCUCACGCAUCAGGUCACACAUCAAUUCGAUGACGCAGUCGCAUUUAACUACGGGUCUUGGUAUCUUCCAUGGGCGCCACACAAUGGAUAAGUGGCGCAUGGUGCUGCUAAGACCAUUUGUACUCUGCUCAUACCCUGCUGUAUUGCUGGGUGCCCUAAUGUAUGCAUUCGCUGUGGUAUUUUUGAUUAUGGUUUCGCAGGUGAUUGACCAUGCUUACAAGGACCUAUAUGGGUUCAGUUCCGCUUCGGUGGGUCUCGUAUACAUUGCUCCCUUUGUGGGAGGCUGUCUCGGGUCCCUAUGCGCUGGCAAGCUUAGCGAUCUUUUGGUCAGGUCCCUGGCCAUGCGGAACCAUGGUAUCUACGAACCUGAAUUCAGGUUGUUCAUGGCUAUCCCAGCAGUGAUCUCGACUGCCGCAGGGCUACUUGGCUUUGGUUUCUCUUUGAAGAAUCAGGCGCAUUGGAUAGUGCCCACGAUCUUUUUCGGUGUGCUAGGGUUUGGGUCUUCAAUGUGCAGCACCACGGGCAUCACAUAUGCCGUGGACUCAUACAAGCAUUUUGCUCAGGAAUCCUUGGUGACAUUCAAUAUCUUCAAGAAUGUGCUCGGGUUUGCCUUUUCAUUCUUCAACGUGAAUUUCAGCUUACAGGCGGGAUAUGACAAGGCAUUCCUCUGCUACACAGUGAUCGAGUUAGUGCUUGGCGUCUGUGCCAUCGUCAUCUACCGGUGGGGCAAGCUCUGCCGCUCGUGGACUGACAGGAAGGCGCUCAUGCAGUUCUCGUACCAUCGCGGAGAGCGCGAGUCGAGCGUUUAG